AUGUCCGGCUCCAGCAUUGCCGCGCUUCUCUCCUCCUGUCUCUUGUUUUCCCGCACCCUUGCUGUUGAGCCACAGCAAGCCGUCUGGACCUCCAAGGCGAUCGGCCCAGACGGGCCAUGGAACGCCGUUGAGGUGUCGCUGGGCGGCCAGUCCAACAUCGCGCUGUUUCCCGGCCGCCUGUGGAGCACAUUCGUCACGACCACCGACUACUGCUCGGUCGACAGCGCGGUCCCCCACUGCGCGUCGGGCUCGUAUGACACGAACCGUGUGUCUGCUAACAAGGGCUCCGGGACCACCUUAAGCAUAGCAUGGCAGCCGGAUGUCCAGGAGCUGAGCGAGGGGGUUAAGGCGGUCGGGACCGCGCCGAUGCACCUGGAUUCGAUCGACUUGCAGUUCAAGAAUGUCGGCGCCAUCGACGACCACUCGCUCGCCCUCAUCGAAGACGAGUCCCAGAUGUACGAGUACCCGGGCGGAGCGCAGUACCCGAUCUUCACAGGCUGUCUCAGCCUGGGAGCUGCCGACCGGUAUCAAACAUUUACUGGUGGUAUAGGCGGAAGAAGCGUCAACGCCACGAUGAUUCCGUGGUACCUCAAGGACCAAGGCCAGACCGCGUCCAGCUCCUUCGGCCUGCAUAUCGGGUCCGCGGGCCCGACCGCGACCAUGCCCGGAUCGCUUCUCUACGGAGGCUACGACCGCAACCGUGUGCUCGGCGACGUGGUCACAUUCAACGGCGAUCUCUGGUCCUCCGUCACCCUCCUCGACAUCGGCAUCCGCGUCUUCGACGGCGCCUCCCCCUUUACCGCUUCCUCUUCCUCGUCCUCUUCCAGUUCAAGCGGUAGUAGCAGUAGCAGUAGCAAAAUCACCGGCCUCCUCGCGCAGGGCAAUUCAUCCAUCAGCACCUCCGCCGGCCUCUCCGUUCUCAUCGACCCCUGCACCCCGUACCUAUCCCUCCCGCAAUCCACCUGCGACGCCAUCGCCGAGCACCUCCCUGUCUCCUACGAUGCUCCUCUCGGUCUCUAUCUCUGGAACACCUCCUCUCCACACUACCACCACAUCGUCUCCUCCGCCUCGGCCCUCACCUUCACCUUCCUAGGCAACACCCAAACCGCCGCCACCCAAGCCGGCACCACCAUCAACGUCCCCUUCCGCCACCUCAACCUCACCCUCUCCGCGCCCUUCACCGACACACCCGUGCCAUACUUCCCCUGCUUCACCGGCACCGGCUCCAAAGGCCAGCCCGUCUUAGGCCGUGCCUUCUUACAGGACGCCUUCUUAGGCGCCAACUGGGAGCAGAAGAAGAUCUUUCUUGCCCAAGCGCCUGGGCCGAAUAUCCCCUCCUCGGGUGGCGCCGUCGACGCUGUUAACAUACAGCCGGGGGACGUCACACUCGCGGCAUCGAAUGGAAACGACUGGGAGGAAUCGUGGAAGGGGGUUUGGACGGCUCUGACGGCGGAUCAGGUUCGUGGUAGUAGUGCCAGCGCCAGCGCCAGCGGGAGCAUCCCAACUAGCACGAGUAGCUCUUCUUCUGGCCAGGGAGGGGGCAGUGCGUCGGCGGGGGCGGAAGCGACACAACAACAGGAUGCGGGUCUGUCGAUGGCGGCCGUGGCAGGUAUUGGUGUGGGAGCGGGCGUGGGUGGGAUGAUGGUUGUCGGGCUGGCUGUGGUGUUCUGGCGGCGGUGGAGGAAGAACCAGAAGAAGAUGGCUGCCCGUGAGCUGGAAGCCACAGAGGCAUCACAGCAGCCGAAUCAUUACGACUAUUAUGCUGAAGCAAAGGACCCUUACACAGGUCACUGGGUGGUGGAGGCGCCCGAUAGGAUUCACGGACUUCAUGAGAUGCCGUUGCCUGAUAGGGUUCAUGAAGUGAUGGGGGACCAUCCGAAUGGACCACCGCUGCCGCCGGCUGGUUGGGGCGAGGCGAGAGGAGCGCACUAG